UUCAUUAACUGAAUAAACAGUUUGAUCCAAUGUUGUACCCUUUCUAGAUAUUUUUGAAUCUGGACUUUGUCAUCCAAUAUUAUCUUUAUCUCUGUAGCUUUGUAUCAUCUGCAGAUUUGACAAGCUUGCCUUCUGUUCCUUUAUCUAGAUUACUGUCUGAAAUGGAAAUUGAAAAUUCCCUUUAAAUUAAUAAGAUCAUUCACAUAAAUAGGUUCAGUUCAACUCCCGGCCAUAACCGUUCUAUAACCCCUGAGUGUUCUUGGCUUAACAUUCCAGGAACUAGCCAUUCCUAGGUCACGUCGACCCGGAGGGUUGGCUUCCCUCCCUGCGAAACGUGAUGUUAUUAAAGAAAACAAGUACCAAGCCUCAGGCGGAUGGGACAUGACUGGGCCAGAUGUGUACUGAACAAACCAUGAAUAGCGCACGCGCCAAAAACCUCUUGGCUCCAAGCCUUCUUUGUUUAGAACAGUAUAAAAAUCUACGUCCUGUAAGCCCGCUGAGCCUCACCCGCGGGAAGGACGCUUCGCCUGGGAAAACUCUCUACACAAUUCAAGUUUGCAUGGGCUGUAACGGGGCUCCCAGCCAUUGAUUGACUUUGGAGGUUCCCUUGAAUUGAUGCCCAUGUAAAUCAAGAUUCUGUGGAACGUGAGUAUAAUGCUCACGCUGAUGAAUUGUCCAAACUUCAAGGAAAAGCUCUAAAGGUUACCCCCAGAGAGGAGGAAAGCGAUAAACAAUUAGGAAAAUGGGUCCAUAUCACCGCAGGACAUCUUGGCGCUCUUGCAUCUUACAGUGUUUUACAGUGCUCGCCUGCUGUAUGUUGAUCAAAACAUGGACUCCGGGCACCCAAGUACACGAUCGCCUUCAAGGGCCAGUGGUCUUGCCGAUAUCCUAUAUGUCCUGGGAUUAUGACUAUAAUGAGACAUCAAUGCAGGAUGGCUUUAAAUGUCCCCCCAUAUCUUGGUGCAAUUAUAUGAAUUGGUCCUACCCAGGAAACGUAGAAGUCUGGGCAGCUCCUAGCCCCAUAUUCCAGCUAAUGAAGACCAAUUUGACUACUGUCAAUGUAACUGUCAUUCCAGCACCAGGAGCAAAUAUCUCCUGCGCCAUCACGAACUUGCCAUUUAGUACUCACCUCUCUUUUAAUCAACAAUGGCCAUCAUUAGACACGACCAACUGGACUAAUGUGUACUUUGAAGCCAGGACCUUUACUAUUUACAUGCCAGAAAUGAACAACAAGUACCUAUAUUGUCAUAAUGCUACCCCGAUAUUGGAUCGGCGGAAUAAGAAAUGGUAUAAUAAAUUAAUAUGGACCAGACCAGCUGCUCCAGAGUCCCCUGGAAUAGUUCGUGUUCCCAAAUCAUGUAUUAAUGCUUCUAUCUCACAACACAAAAUAGUGUUUCAUUAUAAUGUGACUUUUCCCCCUUUAGCAAAUUGUGUUAGAAGAAAGAGGGCCUGGUAUGAUACAUUGCUUGGUAGCGCGGGAACUGGUUUGGGUAUAGUUAAUUCUGUAGACCUUGAGGCCUUGGCCAGCAGACUGCGCAGUGCUGGACAAGAUGUUUCUCAAGCUGUAAAUGUACAAUGGUUACCCACAACGAUCCUGCCACACCAAAAUACACUACAGUAUCAAAACCAAUUUUUGCAAGUCUUCAAUGAUAGUACCCUUGUUAAUUUAGACCUUAUGGAAAACAUUAGUAUGUUAUUUGAUUGGACUGAAUGUUCCUUACAAAACCUAUAUACCCUCAUACAAAAGGAAAAUGCCCAAAGAUUACUACAGGAAGGUAACACUCAAAUAUGGAACAAUAUACUUGACUUGUCAAAAGUAUGGAGAAAGCCAAAACCUGAAAAUAUCGAAUGCACCCCGUAUUGGUGCACUGGGACCAUUGUACUUUACCGAGUUAAAACCUGGACUGUCAUGUGUCAAUUUCAUGUAAUACCUUUUGUCUUAUACAAAUAUUUUGCUUUACCUCAUAUCUAUGGAAACUAUAUAGAUUGGUAUAAUGUAACUCAUACUUUAUCUGAUUGUAUUGUAACUGAUGGAGGGAUGGUUUGUGGAAUGAUGACUCGGCAGAUGGAACCCUGCCUUCUCUCACAUUCAUCCAAUCUGUGCGAUCUGACUCUAUUUCCAGUGAAUAACUUUUCUAUGAUAUGUGAAGUAUCUACCCAACAUAUUUGUAUAGCCUCCAAUAAUCACACUGAUCUUCUAUCUGUAGAUGUUACUGCUAUUCCAUUUUCCGGUUGUCUAUCUAAUGUGUCCUUCCUACGUUGGCGAGGAAAUAAUUUCUAUUUUUCACCGGACACUGAUAUAGUUACAAACUUUGCUUGGGUACCCCAAUCUUUGCCUCUACCCCAUGUGUCUCUAUCCUUAUAUCCCCUUAUAAAUAUCUUGAAUCAGUCAGCUGAAAUCAAAAAGUUAUUAGAGUCCAACCAACGCGGGUUAAAUGAACAUCGAAUACGGACUCUUAUAACCGCUGGAAGACUAGUCGAAGCUUCACAUUUAGUGACCUCAGAUACUAAUCAUCAUUGGUAUGAUUUUCUUUUUAAAUCUUCUACUGCUACUAUGUAUUUUAAUUCCUUGGCUAUUCCCAUACUAAUACUUGCUUUGUUCUUUUUAUGUCUUUGUAUAUGCAAUUAUUAUAUGUAUAUCAAAAUACGCACUAUAUACACUCAUGUCACACCUUUGCCCUUCACCUAUUAUUCUCAUGAUCUUAAGGCCAAAUGAAAUGGAAAUUGAAAAUUCUCUUUAAAUUAAUAAGAUCAUCCACAUAAAUAGGUUCAGUUCAACUCCCGGCCAUAACCGUUCUAUAACCCCUGAGUGUUCUUGGCUUAACAUUCCAGGAACUAGCCAUUCCUAGGUCACGUCGACCCGGAGGGUUGGCUUCCCUCCCUGCGAAACGUGAUGUUAUUAAAGAAAACAAGUACCAAGCCUCAGGCGGAUGGGACAUGACUGGGCCAGAUGUGUACUGAACAAACCAUGAAUAGCGCACGCGCCAAAAACCUCUUGGCUCCAAGCCUUCUUUGUUUAGAACAGUAUAAAAAUCUACGUCCUGUAAGCCCGCUGAGCCUCACCCGCGGGAAGGACGCUUCGCCUGGGAAAACUCUCUACACAAUUCAAGUUUGCAUGGGCUGUAACGGGGCUCCCAGCCAUUGAUUGACUUUGGAGGUUCCCUUGAAUUGGUGAUGUAUUCUCUUCCUUUACCGAUUAUCUUGAUUGGUGUUGUGUUAUUGGUUAUUCUCAUUAUUGUAUGUUUUCUAUGCAAAUUCAAGCUAUCUGUGCCUUGCCUUUUCUAAAUAAAUUUCCAUUUUCUAUUUUC